GCGGCACGCCGGGCACCAGCCGCCGCGCGGCGGAGGGAGAGCCUGAGAGAAGAUGGCCGAGCUCGCGUCGGGCGCCGUGAGCUCGCUUCUGGGCGUCAUCCGCGAUGAGAUGCGGCGGCUGGGCCGCGUCCGGGGCGACGUGCAGUUCAUCAGGGAGGAGAUGGAGAGCAUGAACAGCUUCCUGCUGCACCUGGCCCGGACGGCGCCUCCCGGCCGCGAGCACGACGAGCAGGUCGGGACGUGGAUGAACCAGGUCCGGCAGCUCGCCCAGGACUGCAACAACCGCAUCGACCUCUACCUGUACCGCGGCAACCCCGACAUCCAGCGCGCCAGGGGCGGGCUCUGGCGGCGCUACCUCUGGUGGGUUCCCUGGUUCCUGCAGAAGAUGGACGCGCAGCACCACGCCGCCGCCCAGCUGCGCGCCCUCAAGGACCGGGCGCGAGACGUCGGCGAGCGGCGGCUGAGGUACGGCGUCGAGGUCCCGGGGAAGCACGACGACAAGGAAAAGGAGGUACCUGCUGCACGAGGCGGUGACGGCGACGACGGUGACGAUCAACUCGCGGCGGCGAGCCAUAACUAUUCUACUACUAGCAGUCGUCGAAGGGCAGAGUUAUUGGAGCCUCGCACGCCGGAGGACUUCUUGAAGUGGAAGCUAACCGAGUGGAUAGAUGAAAUGCGCACAAAAUCAUUCCUCGCUAUUGUGGCACCACAAUCACAUGAUGAAGAAGUCUGUGCUCUUGCAUGUGAAGUUCUGGACGCGAAGUGAUAUGCCAACUAUGUCCUGGUCGAUCUCCCGGCAGUGUACCUGGAAUUCCUACCGCUGCGACCCAAGGACAUUCUGUUCUACAUCCUGCGGGGAAGUCGAGCCCAGCGUGGCCGCAUAUCCCCAUCCCAGCCCCAGCUGCAGCAUGUUUCUAGAUGGCGAGCUGAGAGCAUAAGGAAAUGGGAUGCUUACUUUGAGAAAAAGAAGGAGUUUGAUGAAAUCAAGUAUAGCAUCCAAAAAAUGAAGGUUUACGACAAGCUUGAAGAGGUCAAGAACGAGGUUCUGCAAGUGAAGGGCGACCACCUGCGGCUGGACCUGACAAAAGAGGUGGGACACAGAUUAUAUUUCUUCGACAAACCCUUAGGCGCACUCCUCCUGCUGCUACUCAAGUCAGCUGCAGCGGCGGCUCAGCAAGAUCGAGUAAGCAAAAUGAAAUUAGAAAUGGCCACAUUGGCAGCAUGUUACAAAUACUUCAUCGAGGCAACAGCCAAGAAGCUUCAAGAGCAUUUGGAAGGAGGUGCGAAGCAGCCGAUUCGUCUCGAUAGAAGACAAUACGAGGACAUCCUACGGGAGGUGUUCCCCAAGACCAGCGACACCAAGGACCAGGAGCAAGACACAGAGCAAGCAACGAAGAUCUCCAUCACCACUACAUUGGAUGAGAAUCAAAUCAAAGGAAUUGUCGAUAAGGUUAGACAACAAAUCCUGCGGGAGGUGCUCCCCAUGACCGGCGGCGGCAGCAAGCCCCAGCAGGAAGACAGCACGCAGCUGGCCAUGCAAGACACAAAGACCACAACCACUACAUUGGGCGACGAGGAUCUGAUCAAAGAAACGAGACACGAUGAUAGCCUAGUAAUCGUGCAGAGGGUGACGGAAGCCGAAUCUAACAGGAAACAAACAGCAGGUAAACUGGAUGGUUCUAUGGUUGAAGAAACCAUGGAGAGGAUUGAGACCAUCAAGCGGAAGAUCAAAACGCAGCUGAAUAUCAAAGGGAUCAUGGACAGGAUUGAACAACUUUUGGAUGACAAAAUCACCAACACCAUGGUUAUCCUCAAGAUAGGUGGUACGAUGGAUAGAUCCGUAUGGGAGGAGACCAGAAACGCUUUGAGCCUGUUGGGUUGUGUGGGUGGUGCAUUAAUCAUCACCACCUCAAAGGGCACCCAGCGGGCUAAAGAAUAUUGCUAUCCACCAUGGGAGCCUAUUGACUACUCUGUUGUUGGCCCCUACCAUGCCACUGUGCUAGCGCUAGCAAGCCAGAAGAUGCAACAGGACGCCCAGAUUUUCCGCGACAUCGUGGAUGAGUGUGCGCCACAUGAAUUCUGCAUGAAGAUCUUCGCUCAUGCUUUGUACGCCAAGCCCAAGAGGAGCAAUGAAGAACUGCACCAGCUGCUCAGCACCCUCAAGGCGGUUUCGCCAAAAACUUUUAUCGGCAUUGCUAAGAAGAUGCUCAAGUUCUCAUUCAAUGAUCUGCCCAAAGAGUACAAGUCCUGCUUGCUCUACCUGUCCAUCUUCCCUCAAGGUCACAACAUCAGGCGGUCAACCUUGAUAGGGCGGUGGGUUGCAGAAGGUCUGAUAACCAAGGAAGACUGGUCCACUUCGGUGCGUCAGGCUGAGCGAUGUUUCGAUGCACUUAUCGAGAGGUGGCUUGUUUAUCCUGGUUACAUUGGCGCUACAGGAAAGGUCGAGAGCUGCGUGGUAGGUGCUCAAAUCCACGGAUUCAUUACAAAGAUAGCCAAGAAACAGCACAUUGUGGAGGCACGCCUGUCACAUCACCUGGCUGGCCACUUCUCCAUUUUCAAUGAUGUCCGGCUGCGCGGCUCUGAUAGAAUCGACGAUUUCUUUCGAAAGCUCCCCAAGUCACAUCAAUUGUCCCUGCUCAAGGUGCUUGAUCUAGAAGGAUGCCAUUGCUUUGGUGGGAAAAACCAGUCCUACCUCAAGGACAUCUGCAGCAAUAUCUCACUGCUCAAGUAUCUGAGCCUGAAGAGAACAAAUGUUACCCAGCUGCCUAGUGAAAUCAACCACCUCCAUGAGUUGGAGGUACUGGAUAUACGGCAGACUGAGGUACCUGCACUUGCAACAAAAAACAUCCUGCUACUGAAGCUGAAGCGUCUGCUAGCUGGUCACACCGUUCCAAGUCCAAGCAAUACUGACGCUGGCAUGGCUGUCCAAGUUCCUGACAAGAUUGGAAAAAUGUUAAACAUGGAGGUACUAUCCAACGUCAAGCCACGGAGUGGUCGAGAUUUGGAAGACAUUGGAACUCUAUGGCAACUGAAGAAGCUUGGUUUGGUUAUCAAAGAGUAUGGUGAUCUUAUUAAUUUGGCUGGAGCCAUCAGUAACCUACAUGAGAGUCUCCGGUCUCUGUCGAUCACUCUUCCCAUAACCAGUUGUGACGGCACUCUUUCCAGCACAGAGUUUCCUUAUGACAUUGAUUCUCACCUGACAUACGGUCCCAAGCUUCUUGAGAGCCUAAGCAUCUGCGGAACCACAGCAAAAGGGUCACUUCUUUCAGUGUUGGCCAAAUACGGCGAUUGCCUUGUCAAGGUAACUCUAAGUAGGGCCUCACUAAACCAUGACGAGCUGAAUAUCCUUGCCAAGCUGCCAAUGUUAAGCUGUGUUAGGCUCCGACACAUUGUGUGCGCCCAGAGAAAGGUCAGCUUCAAGGAGAAUGAAUUUCAAAAACUCAAGUACAUUCUUGUUGAAGGCUCCAACAUCACUGAUAUCAACUUUCAACAUAGAGAAGUUCUUGAGCUUGAGAAGAUUGUUUUGUCCUCCACCGGCUACCUGAAGUCUCUUUCUGGAGUCAACCAUCAUCGAAAACUGAAGGAGCUUGAGUUGAACAACAGCAGCAGAUUGCUUUCAUUAUUUGACAGUGCCGAAAAAAUAGCCAAGCUAACUCUUCGUGGAACAUUUCUCAUGCAACGUGAUCUAAAAAUCCUCGGUAAGAAACCAAACAUGCGCUGCCUAGUGCUCCUGAACAAGUCUUGUGCUCAAAGAGAGCUUACUUUCAACAAAGAUGAGUUCCCAAAGCUCAAUAUUCUUAUUGUUUGCUGCCCCAACAUCACCAAGAUCAACUUCACCAACAGAUCUGCUCUUAAGCUCGAGAAGAUUGCUUGGACCUUCACCAACAAUAAACUAGAACAAGCAAAAGGAGAUGCUGCAAAAGAGGAUGGUGAUGCUGCAAGAUUCCCAUUCUGCUGGUAGAACAAGGUCUGAUGCUGGGCUGGAGGAGCCUAUCCUUUUAUCUGUUCAUCAUCGAUUUUCAUGGUGUGGUUUGUGUGUGGUCGUGUGGUUUGCUAUCUGUUCUGCUUGUGAAUUUAUGUUUUCUGCACCUGUGCGUGUGUUUAUAUUCUAGAUGUGUGUCGACCAAGUGCAUCCGGUCUCUAACUUACACACAUGCCCUGAGCAUAAUGGUUGUGUCUAUGCUCAUGGAUUUGGAUUUGUGUGGCUUUCAUCUGGACCAUCAUGCUGCAGCAUGGGCCGACUGCAGGCCUGCAACCUACCUGAACCUGCCUCCUUUCACCCUGCCCUUCUGAGUUGUUGUGUGUGUUACAAGACAGUAGACUUCUCUUGCGUUUUAAUCUAUCCAUGUGCGUGUGCCCGGUUAGGCCCACGUUGUAACUGAACAUUCUAUUGUUCUUUUUCUUCUUAAUACAAAGAUACGCAGCUCUCCUGCGUAUUCUCGAAAAAAAAAUGCUGCAGCAUGCAUAGGUUCACUCAUGUAAUAAGUGCGAUGUUUGUGUGCACAUCUGACUUCAAAUUAAUGUAUGAUGUGCCUGUAAUAUGUACAGUAGUACUUACUAUUUUACAGGGGCUUCAAACUAGCUCCUGCAUUCAUGCCUGGCUAGGUCCUUGAAGCUCAGCUAUGCAGAUUAAACAUGUGUCGUCUCGAAUCUGUUUAUAUCUUCCCCAUUGCAGUGCCAGCAGUAGGACUCCAGGCAGAAUUGCACAAUCAUUUUCCAACGUCUCCUCACUUCUAACUCCCUCCAUCCCAAAUUAUUAGUCGUUUUGACUUUUCUAGGUUCGUACCUUUUAC